AUGGCAGAUUUCGAAGAAGCGUCUCCCUCUCAUGAAGAGAAUGAGGGACAGCUUUGGAAUGAUCUUGAUAAAUGCGUCUCGAACAAAUGCGAUUCCCACGAAACGAUCGACGACGCCCUGCGUACCUGGAUAGAUCUAACGACCCGACUCCGCGACUAUUACUACGAAACUCAGGACGAAGUUGUGACUUGCGCGCGGAUGCUUCUUGGCAGUAGUCUAUUUCAAGACAAUAAGGACUAUGUUCGCACCCAGAUUAUCUACAGUCUGCUGCAGGAAGACGAAGCAGGGUCCUUGCAUGCCAUAGUUUGCCUGCUUCUGCUCGACGGCUGCCAGGAUGAUACCAUGUUCCCUCGCAUGGUGAAUGAGGCCUGCUUUCCUCGACUAUUGGAGCUCAUCAACAGUCAGCGAGACGAGAACCAGGAUCCGCGUCUGCACCGGCUCCUUUUGCAGCUCAUGUACGAGAUGUCGCGUAUGGAGCGACUUCGAGUUGAUGAUCUACAUAUGGUGGACGACGAAUUCGUGCAUUACCUUUUCGCCUUGAUCGAGGAAUUGUCUGAUGAUGCGCAUGACCCAUAUCAUUAUCCUACUAUUCGAGUUCUGCUUGUUUUAAACGAACAGUAUAUGCUUGCUUCCACCGACGUUAAGGAUCCAUCCGCCCCGAAACCGCGCCUGACGAACAGAAUUGUUAAAUGCCUAAGUCUUCAUGGAGCCUCGUUUCGAACGUUUGGCGAGAAUAUCAUUCUGCUUCUGAAUCGAGAAACCGAGACUUCUCUACAGCUGCUUAUUCUGAAGCUACUGUAUUUGCUAUUCACAAACAAAGCGACAUACGAGUACUUUUAUACCAACGACUUACGAGUGCUUUUGGACGUUAUUAUCCGAAACCUGAUGGAUUUGCCGGACGAAAAGAUAUCCCUGAGACAUACAUACCUGCGAGUACUCUACCCGUUACUGGCGCAUACACAACUGAGCCAGCCGCCGCAUUAUAAACAAGACGAGAUCCUUCGCGUGCUUAAUAUUCUGCGAGGUUCACAGAAUGUACACUUUGCACCUGCAGACGAUACUACGCUUAGGUUGGUUGAGCGUGUGUCAAAGGUCAAAUGGAUUGAAGAUGCGCAAUCGCCUACAGUAGGGUCGGGCGAAGCCGAGGUCGCCCGCAGAUUCCUAGGUAUCAGCCUAUCGCGCUCGCAAACCGCGAGUAGUGUCAGUGUGAGCGACGUCGCGGCAGUUAAGGAGAAGCCGGGAGUGCAAACACCCAGUCGAUCAGGCGAGGGGGCCGACGCCGGUGAAUCAGAAGCAGAAGAGGGCGUCACGAUGGCUCCCAGGCCCAAGAAGCCGUUGCCAGAGGUGCCUAAGCAUCGCCAUGGAAUACCGUUUGCACAAAAGUUGGUCAAUGGAGAAAAGAAGAAGACGCCUCCCAAGGCGCCACCACCACGCCGAUGGGGAAAGAUGAAGACGGUUGAGAGGCCUCCUGCAGACCCCGUUCCUGAGCAGUAG